UUUACAGUGUGGUAAACCAAAUGAAGCAGGACAGUGUCCAGAAUGUAAUUUGCCAAUUGGAGGGAAAAAGGGAGGAAAUAAUCAAUUACAAGAAGGAAACAAACUUGCAAACAUGGUUGACACAACAUCCACAGGUCAUGUACUCGGAAACCCACAGUGGCAACAUGGCAACCAGAUAGUGUGUGAAAGAACAAUGAAUUGCAUGGAAACGGCCAUCGUCCGCUUCUUGUUGCACGCUAGCAUGCUACUAGGAACAGAAUGCCAACAUGGGCCACAG